GCCCGCGCCCACCCCCCACCUCUCAACAUAUGGCACAAAGUGGGACUGACCCUGCUGGUGUUCGUGGCCACGCUGCUGAUCGUCCUGUUGCUGAUGGUGUGCGGUUGGUAUUUUGUAUGGCAUCUAUUUUUAUCUAAAUUCAAGUUUCUACGGGAGCUCGUGGGAGACACAGGAUCCCAGGAAGGAGAUAAUGAGCAGCCUUCAGGGUCUGAAACAGAAGAAGACCCUUCGGCUUCGCCACACAAGAUCAGAGCUGCUCGCCAGCGAAGGCCACCUGUUGACGAUAGCCACUGAGCAGACACAGCAAUGUCUUAGAGUGUGGUCUAAGGCUGUAAGGAGCCUCUGUCCUUAGUGACCUAGCUUUGAAAGUUACUAAGUGACUGGGGAACAUUUGCAAUUGGAUUUAUAUCCAGUUUAAAAAAAAGAUUUACACGUAAGCCAUAUAGAAAUAAAGGGAAUUUAAACCAAAUUGGGCCAUCGCAGAUUUCAUCUUGGAUGUUUUGCUUCAUAGGUCUCCUUAACAUACUCACUCGCUGGCUCCUGGACUUAUCCUUUCUUUCUUUCUUUCUUUUUUUAAUUGCACUGGUAUAAAUCUGUAAACAUUUUAGGCUUGAAAAAACAUGUUAUUAGUCAUUAAAAUGUACCCUUUUCUUGACAUUUUGACUUGUCAGAAAUUGGGAAGUAUCUCAUUACUGUCAACCAGGUAAUAGUCUUGUCAUUAUCCUGACUCAUGCAUAUGUGAUUUCGCAGCUUGUUACAGUGUCAUUACCUCAGCUGAUGUGUAUAUUGUUGGUGUCAAAUAUUUCAGGUUUAAUUGGCAUUUUAAAAAUGUUUUUAAAAAGACAGCACUAUGACUCAGCAUUGAAAUGAAACAUUAUUGUAUGUGUCAAAAACCAUGGAAACAACAUUGGAACAUUUUUGAUAUUAGUGAUGCCAACAUUUGUGNCUGGAGAAAUGAUCACAAUUCUAUAUUUUCAUGCAAAGAAACAGCAAAAUGCUUUACAGGACUUAAGAAAGGAAGAGACCCACAAGUUGACGAAGCCAUGCUAUAUUCUGUCAGCAAGACACUUGCAAAACAAUUGCCUUUCUUCAUGCCAAGUGAUGGCAGUCAAAGGCAGGAGAAANUGCCAAAAUCCCCAGAAUGGUUCUAACAAAGUUCAAAGCAGAGAGAGGCUCCUAUGACCACGUCAUGAAGACAUUCAAGGUUUUAGCCAGAGCUGCUUGCCGGUAUUGGGCAGAAGGCAGUGGUGAGCAGACCUUCUGGAAAUGCUGCAUGGCCAGUGCUUCAGAUGUGGGUGGGGAAGUACAGAUUCCUACCGCUAAUCUGAGAAGUGAUGUGGAAGAGGGGGACUUGGAAUAUGAGGUUACAGUUAGAGCUUAACCAGUUUAUUUCACACAUUNGUUACAGAGGCACAAGAUUUAUGUGAUAAAAAUACUUUAGAACAUGGAAUAAAUGCAAAAUAAAAUGUUUCUGUGAUACCAGGCACAUGCCAUAGCUUAAUGGGCAAUGCUUUCUUUUUAGAGAUAUAUAUGGUGCAUCCUAAUAAAUGGUUACUUAGAUUAAGUAAAAGUGAUAAUAUGUAAAUUUACUUUUCAAGAUAGCAGUUAUUUAUUGGAGAAUUUAAGUAUAAAUCUUACAGUGUUAACAGCUAUUUUUUAUGAAAUACUUUUAGGUUAAACCUAUUGGGGGUUUUAGCAUCGUAGUUAGGACUCUAAGAGCUGUCUUCUCCUCUAUGGAGAAUGUUAUCAGUCCCUCCUUUAUAUGAGGACUUAUGUUCUGGGCUUGUGUUGUGGAGAAAGUACUUCACGAACAGCAAUUCAGCGACAAGACUUCAAGAGUACUAGGGCUUGAGAAAGUACUGGUUGAAAAUACCUGCUUGACUGUGUAAAAUGCCUCUUGCCAUGAGUCCAUGUUUGUUCUAAGUGAACUUUGGACUGUUUACUAGAGAAGCGGUAGAUUGAUGAACCUUCUAGUGUUGUCUGCUCCGUAUGGGAAAUGGGCUGCAAGGCCGAGUUCCUUCCUCACCCUUGUUCUUUACAGCCGUGUGUAAUCUCAUUCGUUACCUCAUCCUUCGCUCUGGCAGAGGCUGGUUAUUAAUUGUCUACUGGCACUGCCCAAGGUGAGUUCCUGAAGAUGUAGACAGCACAGCCCCUUGAAGACGCCUGCAGGGAAGUUACAGAAGACAACCUUCGGCUAUACAUUUUCUGGGAAUGAUCCCAAUAGCUUGAGAGUGGGGUACAGUCAUUCUGUGUUCAUUAUAGGGCAUGACUAGAAGGCACAAAGCAGUGACAUUGUUCCUAGCAUUGGUCUUUAGCAUUUAAUAUUUUUUAUACUAACUAAAUAUUUUUAAACCGGUCAAGAUGACCCAAGGCAUCUUGGUUCCGGGAAGAUGUUUACAUUAGAUUUUUUUUUCAUAAUCUAAUGUUUUGAGCUUCAAGUUUUCAUUGUUGCUAAUGUUUUGUGGUGGAUAUCUAAGGGUUAGAUGCCAAUAGGAAAAACNUUAAGCAGCAGGUGAGCUCUCUGUUGUAUCAGUAUUAAAGAAUGAUGACUGAUGUAACUGUCCCCCACCAAUCUAUAACAAGACCCAAACUAAUUCCUGUGAAGCUACAUAAAGGGCAUUAUUUAUUGGUAUUUAUGNUUCCAGNAUAUCUUAUAAAACUGUAAUAAAUACUGUGCUUGGCCCAAGAAACAACACCUUAUGGUUGAAUAGCUCAUACAUGGCAUGUUCUAACUUAUGUAAAAACGUUUUGGAUGCCAGUAUGAGGAGGCUAAGGUGUAGUCCUUUGUGUAAGAUUGGUUUCUUGGACCUCCUUUACCCAACCAAGAGAGGGAAGAGAAAGUGUUGUCCUUGCAGGAUCCCUCAUGUUCUGUGGACUUCUGUCUUAUUUCCUGUUUUGUUUUAGGACUUUUAUAGCUAUUAUAACUGUCAUUCCUGUAUUCUCAGGCUCUCGGUGGAAGGGGUGUACUUUAAAGUUUAAAGAUACAACAUACAUAUACUAGAGUCUUGCCUGUACCCUUCCAAAAAUAAUGCUAUCAUCUCUGAGGAUUGAUUAGGUACUUGAGGACUCAGGUAGAUUGCUGCAGUUACUUCUCGGCCAACCCUUCCUAAAGGUGUGUGUGUGUGUGUGUGUGUAUGUGUGUGCGUGCGUGCACGUGCAUGCGUGCGUGCAUGUGUGCGUGCGUGCAUGUGUGUGUUUUCAAGUUGCCCAUGUGAUGGCAUGGCUCAGAUUUAAAUGCCAAAUACACUAAAGAUUUGUAUAACAGCUGAGGCAUUAAGCACAUUUGAGCUGAAUGGAUUCUCGAAGUGGAAGUAGAUACUGGCUAGCCGCUGACAUCUUGACCCCUUUCUUUAGGCUUAAAAGCCAUUUCAAAGUGGCGUUUUGCUAAAAGUUUAGGAUAAGUAUGUACUGACAUGUAAAACAUUAUUCGAAGUAGUUCAUGUUUCUCGUUAAGGGGAAUAAUCUGUGAUGUUACUUUUGUCCACAGUGCAAUCUUUUACAGUCAGUUCUUCUCAGAAGGUGUCUGACUGUGACCACUGUAACUGCAGAUCUCAGCUGGUAAACUAAGUGCUUUUAUAUUCGAAGUUGACUUCAUAAAGCCACUAAGCAGUCCUCAGAGCAUGGAGAUGCUCAGGUGACUGUAGACUGGCAUUGGGUUAUAGGAUAUAGAAUUAAGGAACCUUGUAUUGUCUUCUGUUAAAGUGUCCCAGAGUUUGAAACUUCUAACAAGUUCUAUUUUAUCCUGUAAUUAGUAGAAGCUGCAUCUCCAUUUGUUAGCACACAUGCUACCUGUUGAGGACUUCCGAGCAUCAACCUCCACGCCAGUUCUAUGCAUAACCAUUCGCCAGAUACUGCUGCUGCGGUUUCUUACAGGAGCCUUUCUGUCCUGUGCUGCAAUGCAUUAUCAUCUUGCUGCUUGACAGAUCCUUUGUGAGGAAUUGGAACUGUUGUGUGUCAAUAGUACCUAUGUAUGACAAGAUGUAAAAUACAGAUGAGAGAUAUGCAAGUGAGUGGUGUUCCUGUCCUAGAGUGUCUAAAGCUUCCAUGGCUUGUAUGUUUUAACUGCCUCUUUAAACUGCACAGAAUAAAUGAAAACAAGUA